AUGAAGAAACAACGGGAAGCAUACAGAGGAACGCCUGGCAGAGCGUCACGAAUUUCAUCUCCGGCGCCUACCAACUGCGCGAAGACCAGUCACGGCCUCUGCUUGUACAUCUUCCACCUCUGGGAUGGCUCGUCGAAUAUCAUGCUCCUCGCCGGUGAUCCAAAGAUGAGAGAAAGGCAGUCAAUCGAUGAAGAGAGCGUGGACACCGGCCGCAUGGAUCAGUGGUACAAACUGGAAGACGAGGAGCUGGUAUACGGCUCCUCAGGCAAUUCCCUUGACCCGAAGUCUUCCAGAGUCUCAACAAUGGCCUGCCAAUCCACGCCGAGGCUGCUUAUCAAAGUUGCGGUGAUGUUUAUACCACCCCUGUUCCGCCGUCUCCUCAUGGAAGACUGA